AGCAGGUGUAAAAGUAGUUGUCAAAUCAGCUGCUCAAACAAUUUAGUUGAAAUAUAAACAUUUUUAAUAACAUAAACCCGUUGUAUGUAGUGUAGAUAUCAUUUAUAACAAUGAAUGAUUUAAACUCAAAUUAAAAUACGUGAAAUCAAUAUUUGAUUCUCCCUACGCUAUAGGUGCCGUUAUUAAAGUAGUACAGGAUUAGAAUAUUUUAAAGAGUUUCUCAAUUAAAAGAGAUGUGUUUUAUACGAAAACCCAUUAAAAAACCGAAAAUAAACUUCGAACAACAUCAACGUGGUGUUAAUUCACGGUUUAAUUGCCUUAACGGUAUCUUGUACGUAAUAAUAGUUCCAAACGAAUAGAAUUUUUUUAUCGUCAUAAAAAUAAUAAAUAAAAACCAUGGAUUCCGAAGAGCCGGAGAAUGAUUCCACCGUUGCAGCUGCUACAGCAGAAGCCGCCGCGAACAAUCCUACGAAUUGUGAUAUCGACGCUGUCGAAGAAUAUUCCUGCCAGUUUUUAAAAUGUAAGCCCAAAGAUAACAAAACAGAACAGAGCUGUGAUGAAACGGAAAACAAGCAUAAGUUAUUAGAGAGAACAACGAAUAACUGUUACGGCGAGGUAGCAGUUAGCAUUUCUAGUCAUGAUUUGCCUUUGAAUGUUGGGGAAGACCUUAUUGGGGCCGCUGUUUGUGAAAUAAAAGAGCUUAAUAGUGAUUGUAUGGAGGGUUCCGAUGUGAAAUGUGGAACUAUGUCCGCUGAAUUGAACAAGAAUGGUGUUUGGGUGCUAAAAUGGAAUUUAGAAUGUCCUGAAGUUGAUAAUUUUAUUAGUCUUGGUACUGUAGAUAAUCAAGAUUUUUCCGAAAAUUUUGGUCGUCAAUCGGUAAAAGACGCGGCAACAACAACUAUGUGGCUUUUGGAUAUUCCAUAUAACCACGCAGAAAAGCUUUUGUGUUUUCGAUACCACGGCGGUCAAACUUUGGAAUGUUAUGCGCAAACGGAACCGUUAAUAAUGAAAGCUCCGCCGGAUAAAUUUAAAAAAUACGUGAAAUACAAAUCGAAAUUAAGCAACGGUAUCGAAAAUUGCGCGUUCCAAGAUGAACUCGAACCACCCUCCGUUUCAGUAAAAACAUCGAGUUCAAUGGAGGAGUUAUCAACGAAAAGCAAAAAAGAAGUAGAACUGGAAGAAGAGAAAACCGGGGCGAAGAAGAAAUCACCAAAUGGAUUAACCAGGUCGGAAAGUACAACGAUUAACGGCGCAAAGAAGAAAAUUAGGAGCGCGAAAAGUCCAAAUAAAGAAUAUUACCAUUUAUGGGCCUCUACUUCGAAUACUAUGGACGAUGGAAAAAACGAUUUGAGUCAAAUCGAUGGGGUUGAUGGUGAAAUUGCACCUCCUUUACCGCCUAGGAGUUUACAUAGACCUUUAGAAAGGUUACACGCUGUAACUGAUGAUUUUAAACCGCCUGUAGUUUAUAGACAAAACAAACCAAAGAUAAUCCAAAAACCUGAAGACACAUUUAAUUUUGAAUUAAUCGAUACAGAUGAACCACUAAAAUUAUCUCUAACCGAAUUCGAAAUUCAAGAAAACCAAAAACUCGCUCAUCCUAAAAAACUUGUUGUCAAUGACAAUUACAUCAGCACAGUUUUAACGAAAUCCCUAGAUAAAGCACAUCCUUCCAUUGAAUGUCAACAUCAACAACUUGAAGCAAGAGGUAGUCAAAGUUCAAUUUCGACUUACAGUAGUUCGAUGGAGGGAAGUGAAGCUGAAACGGCUAUUGAUUUAACGAAUAAAGUCCACAAGCCUUUAAGUCGACAAUUAUCUGAUAAAGGACUUCUUGGUCAUGAUGAAAUUGAUCACCGAACACCUCGAAAAGAAUGUGUUGGAAAACCGUUACAAAAAGCGUUGGCUAGAGUUGUUGGAGGGGAUCAUAGUCCGGUUUGUCCACCAACUCCAACACAUCACGCUAAAAAAAGAAGCUCAGAUUUAACACCACCAUCUUUAAGAGCUACUAAUGGUAAUGAAGAAAUGGUUUCGCCAUUUGUUCGAAGAAAAGGAAAAAGUUUAGCUUUGAGUGAUGAAUCAGCAUCUUCAUCUCAAUCGUCUCAAUCAACUGAAGAAAGACCAAGUGAAAGUGGUGAUGGACAUGGAGAAGCUAGUGGUGGAAGUAUUGCUUUGAGACAUUUAACAAGUACAAGAUUACCAUCUAUUCCUGAAAGAACCCCCAGGAUUUUAACUGUUGCUGAACUUCCCGGAAAUGAUGAAGAACCUUUACCACCAUCUUGGGAAGCUAGAAUGGAUAGUAUUGGGAGAAUAUUUUACAUUGAUCAUGCUACUAGAACAACAUCAUGGCAAAGACCAUGUGGAUCAACCAGCAGCAUAGGAAGUAGAGAAGGUGCUGAACAACAAAGAAGACAAUUAGAUAGAAGAUAUCAGAGCAUUCGAAGAACAAUUAGCUCUCAAAGGUUGGAAGUAGCUGAUUAUUCGGCAGCACCACCUGGGUGUAGAUUGUUAACAAGACCUGAUUUUUUUACUAUUCUUCAUAUGAAUCAGGAUGCCUUAUCAUUAUACAAUAGAAAUUCAACUUUGAAACAUAUGAUUGGAAGAAUCAGAAGAGAUCCACCUACUUUUGAAAAAUACCAACAUAACAAAGAACUUGUUGCUUUGGUGAACAUGUUUUCUGAUACAACAAAAGAUUUACCUCCAAAUUGGGAUACUAAAAAGGAUCGAAACGGAAAGCAAUUCUUUAUUGACCACUCUCAUAAAAGGACUUCGUACAUGGAUCCUCGACUUCCAACGGAACCAAUUUAUUCUAGCCGUAGAAUUUCCGACGAAGCACAAGGGGCUCCAGUUCCUCCUCCAAGACCAACAACAACAACCUUUGUACCAACAACAGUAGAUGUUCCAAUCGCUUACAACGAUAAAGUAGUAGCUUUUUUGAGACAACCCAACAUUUUCGAUAUUUUAAGGGAAAGACACUCUCCUGUUGGAACUUCAGUUUCACUUAGAGAUAAGAUUAAUGCUGUUAGAGUUGAUGGAACGACUGCUUUGGAUCGAUUAAGUCACGAUCUUCAUCUUACAAUUCUUUUAAGUUUAUUUGAGCAGGAAAUUAUGUCAUACGUUCCUGCUGUUACUUCAACGAAUACAGGUCAAAAUAACAGAAGUUCUCCACAAGCAUCCCCAGUGGCGUCACCUGGUUUAGGAAGACAUCGAGCACCUGCUCCGCAUAGGCGUGACUUUGAAACGAAACUCAGAAAUUUUUAUCGCAAAUUAGAAAGCAAAGGAUAUGGGCAAGGACCAGGAAAGUUUAAAUUAAAUAUUAGACGUGAACACCUAUUAGAAGACGCGUUUAGAAAAAUUAUGUCCGCGAAUAAAAAAGAACUUCAAAAAGGUAAACUUUGCGUUGUUUGGGAUAACGAAGAAGGCUUGGAUUAUGGGGGACCUUCAAGGGAAUUCUUCUUUUUGUUAUCUCGCGAGCUUUUUAAUCCUUAUUAUGGACUAUUUGAGUAUUCGGCCAAUGACACUUAUACCGUCCAAGUAUCACCGAUGUCCGCUUUUGUAGAUAACUACCAUGAUUGGUUUCGUUUUAGUGGGAGAGUAUUAGGUUUGGCUUUAGUCCACCAAUAUCUCUUAGAUGCAUUUUUUACACGACCAUUUUAUAAAGCUCUCUUAAGAUUACCAGUAGCUUUAUCGGAUUUAGAAAGUUUAGAUUUCGAAUUUCAUCAAUCGUUACAAUGGAUCAAAGAUCACGAUGUAACUGGGCAAGGAGAAUUAGAACUUACAUUUGCUGUUACUGAAGAAGUUUUUGGGCAAGUACUCGAAAGAGAAUUAAAACCUGGCGGAAGAAAUGUUCCUGUUACUGAAAAAAAUAAAAAGGAAUAUUUAGAAAGAAUAGUUAGAUGGAGAUUGGAACGUGGCGUUGCCGAACAAACUGAAUCUUUAGUGCGCGGCUUCUAUGAAGUCGUCGAUCCGCGUUUAGUGAGCGUUUUUGAUGCUCAAGAGCUUGAACUAGUCAUGGCUGGAACAGCCGAAAUAGAUCUAUCAGAUUGGAGGCAAAACACUGAAUACCGCGGAGGAUAUCAUGAUCAACAUCCCGUUGUAGUUUGGUUUUGGCAAGCUAUUGAAAGAUUUACAAAUGAACAGAGAUUAAGGUUGCUUCAAUUCGUAACUGGAACAUCAAGCAUCCCUUACGAAGGUUUUUCAGCUUUAAGAGGCUCAAUAGGACCUAGAAAAUUCUGUAUAGAAAAAUGGGGUAAACCAAAUAGCUUACCCAGAGCGCAUACAUGUUUUAAUCGUUUAGAUUUACCACCUUAUCCGACUUCCGAAGUUUUAUACGAAAAAUUGUUACUGGCAGUGGAAGAAACCAAUACAUUUGGCAUUGAGUAAAGUUUUUAAAUUUGUUUUAAAUUAUUUCUUGUUCGCAUAUAUUUUCGUAUUGAGGUUAUUAUAUCUAUUUAACUAUAUUAAAUUUGACAAUAACUUCUUUGAUCAUUAAAAAAAAUUAAAAUAAGGCUUAAAUUUGAUGAUUGACCUCUGUUAAUGUUCUUUUAGAAGUAACUUUUUUCUUUAUUUAUAGAAACGUUUGUCUUUUUCCUAAGAUUUUUUUGUAUAUUGUUAAAACAAUCUUAAAAAAGCAGAGAUUUAAAACAUUUUAUUACAUAAAUAACUUAUACUUUGUGUACUUUGUACCGUUACCAAAUUAAUUGUAAGUAAAAAAAAUGGGCAAAUUGUAUGAAUGUUAUUCUUGAGAUUUUUUUCUAAGCGAAAAUGAUUUAUAUAAGUGUAAUUUUUUCCCAGGUUUUUUUUAUGUCAUGUGUUAUUGUGAUUUUAAAAAGUCUAGUCAUCGAAAUAAUAUUAUAUUAUGAUUAUCUAUAUGGUCGUUUAAUAUUUAGGGAAUACGAAAUGGUAAUUAAUAACCGCGCAGUUUUAAUGGUAACGUUCUUUUUUUAUUUUUUUAGUUGGAAGAGAUUUUUUUUAUUUGCGUAAGUUAUCGCAUAACAAAUCUGGCUGAACGUGCAUUAUCAAUGUUAUUUAUAUGCGCGAGUAUUUAAUUUUGGAAAUUUUGUGUAACGAUUGAGACAUUCCCGAAAUAAAUGUUUGUUAUUUAUAAA